CGACUGGGCGCGGGUCAGCGUCGGGGCAGGACUCAGGCUCGCACCCCGGUCCCGCCGCGCGGCUUCUGAUCACUCCGACUCUCCAGAGUCCGGGCGGGGAGGAGGUUGUGCUGCGCUGGGAGGGGAGGAGAGGAGGUCGGAGUUGGGACAGAUCCCGGCUGGAGGGCUGCAAGUCACGCAGAGAUCGCCUACCCCCCACCCCUCACCCCCUUCCUGCACCCGUGCUGGUAUCGUCCUGGGCCCGCAGGUGCUGCGCGGCAUUCCAAAGGGCCUGGCCUGUUGGAGGCCCGUCAUUCCCUUCGCACAUUGGUGGAAGCGAGAGAAGUGCUGCGUGCCUCAGUUUCCCCCCUAGCUUCUCCCAUACAUACCCCGCCCCUCUCCCAGCAGCUCUGGAAAUGCUUAGUGCGCCGGCCCUCGGCAGAUGGCAGGGACUUAAUUCCGCCCGCUGCCCAGCUUGGCCUCAGGCUAAUCGGCCCUGGUCCCAGCCCCAGCCCCUCGCCCUCCUCUGUCAGCGCUCACUGCGCAGCAGGCCCGGAGCCCAGACAUAGGGCAGUGGAGCCUUCACACAACCCACGCCAGUUCAUCGUCUUCUCAUUCAGCCCCUUCCUUUGGCUUUUGGGGGAAGAACAGGGAAAGACGAGGUGGGAGUGGGCGGGAGCCUAAGAGACAGGGCGCUGCAGCUGCAGUAAGGCCUUGUCCGAACCUGAGCAAUGGGGUGCGAGAGCCUCCUCGGCCUUGAGCUUAGUCGUCUGUCUGCUGUGGGUUGCUAUUGCAUGACCUCUAAGUCGCUUGGACAUCAAAGGGAGAGGUGGUUGGGGGAGGCGAGUUUGCAGGUGUUUUCUCAGUGUCUACUGGUCUGUGCUCCACCAGCCCACUUUUCUAGGGACUUGAGUGGAAGCUAGCUCAGGCUUCUCCAGGUUGGGAGAGAGCCAGACUGAGGAGGGCCCUUGCUGUCCAUCAGGGGUGAAGGGCUUUGUUAAAACCCCAUCUGCAGAAUUGAGUGGGGGGAGGGGGGGGGGAGAACUCCCCUUUCUGCCUCUAGUUGGUACCCUUUCCCCCACCCCCACCUUGGUCCCAGCAAUGCCAGCUGCCACCUGCUGGGACUAUCUCCAGUUACAGUCUGAAGGCUGGAAAGAGGUGAUAGAAUUGGCCCUGGGAAAUGGCUUGCUUGCUUGUAUCCUGGACAGGGAGUGUGUGUGGGACCUGCUGCCAUGGGGGACAUGAAAACCCCUGAUUUUGAUGACCUCCUUGCUGCCUUUGAUAUCCCUGACAUUGACGCAAAUGAAGCCAUCCACUCUGGGCCAGAAGAAAAUGAGGGACCAGGAGGCCAAGGAAAGCCAGAAUCCAGUGUAGGGAGUGAAUCUGGAGAUGCAACAGCUGGUGGGGCUGGCUCUGGGGUUCCAGCCCAGGUCUCUGAUCAUGGCUUGCCGCCGCCAGACAUCUCGGCAGUCAGCGUCAUUGUCAAGAACACUGUAUGUCCUGAGCAGUCUGAGACACUGGCUGGGGGUUCAGGAGGGGAAGGGGCCCGGAAUGGAGGGGUGACUAAGGAAGGACCUGUGGGGCAUCGUCUGAUACAAAAUGGUUUUGGGGGCCCUGAGCCAUCCCUCCCAGGAACUCCCCACUCUCCAACUCCUUCAAGUGUGGGUACCUGGAAAGAAAAAGCCAUAGAAGGCAAAGCUCCCUUGGAUCUCUUUGCUCAUUUUGGGCCUGAGCCAGGGGAGCAUCCUGAUCCCCUGCCUCCCUCUGCACCUUCCCCACCUCGGGAAGGGGCCAUGACUCCCCCUCCUUUCCCCUCUCCCUUUGAGCUGGCCCGGGAGAAUGGCCCAGCCCUGUUGCCAUCUGAUUCUUCCCCACCGCUGGGGGCCUUGAAACAGGGCAGCAGCAGCCCCAUCCAUCUCCAGGGCCUAGCCCGGCUAGGCUCAAGCUCCAGCCCUGAGGCCACGGGCAUCCCUGCCAGCGCCUCACCUCCCCGGGUUGCUGAGGUACCUUUCUUCAAGCAGUCUCCAGGACACCAGAGCCCUUUUGCCUCUCCCAAAGUGCCCGGCUGUCAGCCUCUAAAAGAAGAGGAAGAAGAUGAUGAGGGGCCAGUGGACAAGUCUCCCCCAGGAAGCCCUCAGAGUCCCUCUAGUGGGGCUGAAGCAGCAGACGAGGAUAGCAAUGACUCCCCUGCUUCCUCCAGCUCCUCUAGGCCCCUCAAGGUGCGGAUCAAGACCAUUAAGACGUCCUGUGGGAAUAUCACAAGGACUGUAACCCGGGUUCCCUCAGACCCUGAUCCCCCUGCUCCUCGGGCCGAGGGGUCCUUCUUGGCUGAGACUAACCUCCUGAAGCUGUCUCCAGCACUCCCAACCCCUGAGGGUCCUAAGGUAGUGAGUGUCCAGUUGGGUGAUGGCACGAGGCUAAAGGGCACUGUACUGCCUGUGGCCACCAUCCAGAACGCCAGCACUGCCAUGCUGAUGGCGGCCAGUGUGGCCCGCAAAGCUGUGGUUCUGCCUGGGGGGAAUGCCACUAGCCCAAAGACGAUGGCUAAGAAUGUGCUAGGCCUGGUGCCUCAAGCCCUGCCCAAAGCAGACGGGCGGGCAGGGCUGGGGACAGGAGGGCAGAAAGUGAACGGUGCCUCAGUGGUAAUGGUACAGCCUUCGAAGCCGGCCACUGGGCCCGGAGCAGGGGGUGGCACGGUGAUUUCACGGACCCAGUCCAGCCUGGUGGAGGCCUUCAACAAGAUCCUCAACAGCAAGAACCUCUUGCCUGCCUACAGGCCAAACCUGAGUCCACCAGCUGAGGCCGGGCUGGCCUUGCCUCCCACGGGCUACCGUUGCCUUGAGUGUGGGGAUGCUUUCUCACUGGAGAAGAGCCUGGCACGGCACUAUGACCGCCGGAGCAUGCGCAUUGAGGUCACCUGCAACCAUUGUGCCCGCCGCCUGGUCUUCUUCAACAAGUGCAGCCUCCUGCUGCAUGCACGAGAGCACAAGGACAAGGGGCUCGUCAUGCAGUGCUCACAUUUGGUCAUGAGGCCUGUAGCCCUUGACCAGAUGGUGGGGCAGCCGGACAUCACACCCCUGUUGCCUGUGACUGUCCCACCUGCCCCUGGACCUCCAGUCCUGUCUGCAUUGGGCAAGGGCGAGGGGGCUGUCACCUCCUCCACCGUUACUACAGUUGCUGCUGAGGCCCCCGUGCUGCCACUCUCAGCUGAGCCACCUACUGCCCCUGCCACCUCUGCUUACACCUGCUUUCGCUGCCUGGAGUGCAAGGAGCAGUGCCGGGACAAGGCUGGCAUGGCCGCCCACUUCCAGCAGCUCGGGGCCCCUGCACCUGGGGCUACCAGCAAUGUGUGUCCAACCUGCCCCAUGAUGCUCUCUAAUCGCUGCAGCUUCAGUGCCCAUCAGCGCAUGCAUAAGAAUCGACCCCCCCAUGUCUGCCCUGAGUGUGGGGGCAACUUCCUGCAAGCCAAUUUUCAGACCCAUCUCCGGGAGGCCUGUCUGCAUUUCUCUCGCCGCGUAGGAUACAGGUGCCCCAGCUGUUCAGUGGUAUUUGGGGGUGUGAACUCUAUCAAGUCUCACAUCCAGACGUCGCACUGCGAGGUUUUCCACAAGUGCCCCAUCUGCCCCAUGGCCUUCAAGUCUGCACCCAGCGCCCAUGCCCACCUCUACACCCAGCAUCCUAGCUUCCACACUCAGCAGGCCAAGCUGAUCUACAAGUGCGCCAUGUGUGAUACAGUCUUCACUCACAAACCCCUCCUCUCCUCACACUUUGACCAGCAUUUGCUGCCCCAGCGUGUCAGUGUCUUUAAGUGCCCAUCCUGUCCUCUGCUCUUUGCCCAAAAAAGGACCAUGCUAGAACAUCUCAAGAACACUCAUCAGUCUGGGCGCUUAGGGGAGGAGACUACUGGGAAGGGGGCCGGGGGUGCCCUUCUGACCCCUAAGACUGAACCCGAGGAGCUGGCUGUGUCUCGGGGAGGGGCAGCUCCCCCCACUGAAGAAUCAUCUUCAUCUUCAGAAGAGGAGGAACUACCCAGCUCCCCUGAGCCCCCCCGUCCAACCAAGCGACCCCGGCGGGAACUGGGGGGCAAAGGCAUCAAGGGCGGGGGUGGGGGGCCUGGAGGCUGGACAUGUGGCCUUUGUCACUCCUGGUUCCCUGAGCGUGAUGAAUAUGUGGCUCACAUGAAGAAGGAGCAUGGCAAGUCAGUGAAAAAGUUUCCCUGUCGCCUGUGUGAGCGCUCCUUCUGCUCCGCCCCCAGCCUGAGGCGCCACGUCAGGGUCAAUCACGAGGGUAUCAAGCGAGUUUAUCCAUGCAGGUAUUGCACAGAGGGAAAACGCACCUUCAGCAGCCGUCUGAUCCUGGAGAAACAUGUCCAGGUCCGGCACGGCUUGCAGCUUGGGGCCCAGUCCCCUGGCCGGGGGAGUGCUCUGGCUCGGGGCCCCGGUGCCAGAGCCCAGGGGCCAGGACGGAAACGCCGCCAGUCUUCUGACUCUUGCAGUGAGGAGCCUGAUAGCACAACACCGCCGGCCAAGUCCCCCAGGGGUGGACCUGGGGCUGGAGGCCAUGGCCCCUUGCGCCACCGCAGCAGUGGCUCUGCAGAGCAAAGCCUCAUGGUGGGGUUGAGGGUGGAUGGUGGUGCCCAGCAGUGCCUCGACUGUGGCUUGUGUUUUGCCUCCCCUGGCUCCCUGAGCCGGCACCGUUUCAUCAGCCACAAGAAGAGACGGGGUGCGGGUAGUGCCAGUGCCCUGGGGCUGGGGGAUGGGGAGGAAGAGGCCCCCCCUCCAUCAAGGUCUGACCCAGAGGGUGGCGAUUCACCCUUGCCUGCUUCUGGAGGCCCAUUGACCUGUAAGGUCUGUGGCAAGAGCUGCGACAGUCCUCUCAAUCUCAAGACCCACUUCCGCACGCAUGGCAUGGCAUUCAUCAGGGCUCGGCAGGGGGGCAUUGGUGACAACUAGGCCCCAGGCCCGGGACUGACCAGCCCCUUUCUCCUCCCCAGGAGCCUGAGUUUCACUGCUGCUGCCUGAUCCCUGGGCUUGGGGAAUUUUAAGAUUCACAUUCUCCACCUCAACACCUCACCCCUCCAAGAAAAAAAAAAGCUUUUGAGGAUUAUACUUAUUUGCAACCCCCUCCUUGGGUCUGGCACUUGGGUCCUACUAGAGUGGGCCCUCUAUUCCUCUUUUCCGAGUCCAACACUAAUUAUCCUCCUGCAGAACCCCCAGUUUGGGAUUGGGGGUAGGAGGAAGGGACUGUCUUAUGCCUACUAGACAGAGGUGCAGGAAGGACCAAUGCUGGGGGCAUGCUAUGGACACACUCCUCCUCUCCUUCAGGUACAGGUGACAUUUUCCUUUGGGCCUGUCCCUAUCCUUCCUAGCACCCCUCACCUCCCCCCAACAGUCCCUGGCACUCAAGCCCCUACCCCUGCAGUGCCUUUCACUUUUUUUCCCCCUCCAGAAAUCCACAGGGGGGUUGGUGGGGACGAGUCCUGUCAAGGGGGCCCAGGGAGAGGAGGGGACAGGCUCUCAGGAAUCCUUUAUUCUUGUAGUAAUAAUAAUAGUAAUACUAACAGUGGGAGAAACGGGAGGGAGAAAACCAGAUCAUUAAAAUUGCUCAUGGUUUAAUCCCCAUUCAGGCUCCUCUCUUUAUGUGACUUGGUCAAUGUGGACUUGACAGAGGAGGGGGCAGGAGUCAAAACUGGGGCGGUCCUUCUCUGGGAAGAUGGAGUUUGGGCCAAGGCAAGGAAAAAGCAGCUUUCCUCCACACCUUUCUGUGUGAUGCCUUUCAUAACUUGGACACUGAGGCGUCUGUUAACUCCAUACCACCCGUGGCCCCUCUCCCCCCAAAUAUUCAGAGAAGACACAGAUAGCUAACUAAGGACUUUAUUUCAAACAAACAAAUUAAAAAAUUGAGAGCUAUUUCCUUGGGUGUGGGGAAGGGAUCAGAGCAAGGAAUUCCCCCAUGGCUAGGCCAAGACCCCCACAUAUUGGAAGGGUUGUGGUAAUUCCCUUCCUCAUGCCUGUGAUGGGGAACCUCAGCAAGUGCAGGACCCUGUGCCAGAGCCUACCUAUCAAGGUGAACUCGGGCAAGGGGUCAGUCCUGGGAGCAGACAGUCGGGCAGCAGCAUGGCCAAAGGCCAACCACAGGAUCAAGUCCUAAGUACCAAGAACCUGCUCUUUUCUCCCCUUCCUGGGACCCAGAACGGAUUGAGAGGAGAGCCUGUGGAAAGAGCCUCUUAGACCCUGGUGAAGAGAAAGGUCCCACAUUCAUCAUCUCUGUUCUCUGGAGGGCAGUGAGUCCUGGCAUCUGUCAGGUGGUAAUACUGACACAGCUGGGGAACAGCGGAGCCCCAGCAAGUCUGGACCCCCAUGGCUGGCUCUCCUAACCCUCCCACCCCCCCACCCCCUCCCUAGCAAGCUCUUACAGUUACCACAUGAUCCUUUGUAUCUCCUGCCUUCCAUUUCCCUUGGGUGGAUGGGUGGGUGGGUGGGGUUUCCUGGUUUGGGGUUUAUCAGACAAGGACUCUCACAGGGAGGGUCCCCUGGAUCCCCCCCACCGCUUCUGGGCCUGAGAGUGAGGGUGUCACAUGAUGCCGUUGGUGAGGUACUGGAAGCCAUCAUAGAGUUUGGUGGUGAUAGACCGCAUGCUGCCAUCCACCAUCUGCUCCACCAGCAGCUGGAGCUGCUCCUCAGUCAUGCUCAUGUGGAACCUCUCUUUGAGGUUUCGGAUGGUGCUGGAGCCAUGGAAGCAAGGAAGCUGAGAACCUGGAGGGAAGCAGUGGGGAUAGAGGAUCAUGGAUGAAUAGAAGAGAGAAGUAGCCACAGCAAAUGCAGAGCCAGGGGUAUCUGAAAGGUCCCUUCCCCUCCCCACCUCAGAGAGAGCCCUGACGGUGUGGAUGCAAUUUUGCGUGGACAGAGAGAAGGGAGGAAGGCGGGAGGCCCUGUCUUGAGCCCAUCUUCAUCCCACGCUCCUAAGUCCUGUAGGUGAGGGCAGAGGAGGUGACAGGGCCAACACCGUGACUCCCCCUAUAAGGGCUGAGGGAGCAGGAUCUUAGGGUCCAGAGGGAAGAAUGGGAAGAGGCUCUGGGGAAUGAGCCCUGAUCUGGGCACUUAUCUGGUUGCAGGCCUCUGCCUAUGCUAUGUCUGACACUCACAGAUGACCUGGGCCACCGUCAUCAUGGGGCCAGACGGGGAUGCUCCUGAGCAACGGCGACAACCUGCGGGUUGGGGCAGGGGUGGGGAGGAGGAGACUGGCAGCUCAGACUGUAUGCCUGAGCCUUAAAUAGAGGGGCUGGGGACAAGGGCCGUGAGGAACUAGGAAAGGAGGGGAUCCUGGAAAAAAAAAAGACUAUGGGUAGCAAGGAAGUGAGGAAACAGCCUAGUAGAGGAAAAUGAAAAUGGACAGAGGAAAUAAUUCUCAGCUCAAAGCAGGAGAGCUGAACAGUGGGAAAGGGAAGGGGUAACUUGGGGUAGUGUGGCUGAGGACAGGAGAAUCAGAUAUUGAAGUGAAAUGGGGAGAAAAAUGGUGCUCAGAGACACUGAGUUGGCAAAGAGAUGGGAGCUGAAAGAGAUGGAAGAAGACCUUCAGAGCUGGACAACGGAUGGGGAGAUCAGAAGGGACAAGGAGGCUGGAGGACACCAAGUAGGAACACCUAGGAGGUAGUUUCUCCUGCCCCCUAGGACCUAGCUCUGCCAGGAUUCAGGAGAAAUGUCCUGAAGGAGAAACAAGGCACUGGAUCAGAGCUGGAAACCCUCUGUGGGCCUCCCACCCAAGCCUUGGGAUGAAUGAACUUUCUGAAAUUCCAUGUUCCAGAGCUCCAAGAUAAGUGGGAAUCCUGAGGCACUGCCCUCUACACAAACACCUGGUCUCUCCCCAGUCCCACCUUGCUGCAUGAUCUCCACGAUCUGCACCACCUUAUCCAUGUGUUUCCGGGCAGCGAUCAGCCCCUGCAGCAUUAGCAUCUUGUAGUAAUUGAACAUGUCUCCAUCUAGGCCUCCCAUCACCUGGGGAGGGAGGAGAGAGUUGUGCAUAAAAGGCCUCAGUGUAGGAACAGCCAGUCUCCAAACAGGCCUACUAGAACUCCCCUUCCCCACCUGGGGAAAACAAACCAGGCUCCUUUAUUUCCCCACUGCCUCAUCAGGAAAUCCUGACUUACUGUCAUUUCUUUCUGUUUCUCCCUAAUUUAGGGAGGAGCCCCAUCAGCUACCCGUCCCAGACAGAGAAAAAACACAGUGACCCUGAAGACACCUCUCCUUCCUGACUCACGUCCACAAACUCUGUGGUCAGCUUAAAGGCUGAUGUCUCAAAGCCCAGGUUUCGGGGUGAGCUGGAAAGGAUGAAGCCAAAGUCGAUGUGGAUGAUGUGGCCUUCUGCGUCCAAAAGGAUGUUCCCAUUGUGUCUGAGGAGGGAGGGGAGAGGAGAGGAAGAGGCAGUUGUAAGUCAGACGGGCCGGAACCUCAAACUGCAAUACAUUUGGCCACAUGACACGAGGCAGAGGAGUACCCUGCCUUAUUUCCUGCUGCCUGUAACUCUGUAUCCAGUCUUCUAAAACUUAAAGCUAUCAGUGGAAAGAAAGGAAGCCAGAAAAGAAAACUGCUAUCAAAGGGGUCUGAAGUUGCUAUUACUAACAAUUUAUUAAAAACAGUGUAAGAUUA